AUGGGUUCAAGAAAUUUUCAGUUUGAAAUUCUCGUCGUUCCUGAGCAUCUACGUGAGAAUAUCGUCUCCAACAAUGAUCAAAAUAAAUUCAAAUGUAGUCAAGAGAAUUUGUUAGCUUAUUGGAUUCCAGAGGGAUUUCGUGCUGUCUUGAUGCCCAAAAAAGAUCUUCAUUUAGUUCGACAACCAAACCAACUAUCCAAUAAUAUCAGUGGUUCACCAUCGUUCAACCAUCAAGCAAACAAUAAUGCCCCUACUAAUCAGCAAAAUUCGCAUGUGAUAAGAAACGCGUCGGUCAAGCGGCGAAAUAAUCCAAUGGGAAAUGGUCGCCAAAUGCGAAGACCGUUAACAGCACUCGACAUGUAUUAUCUAAAUUUACGUGCUAAAUCGUCGACCAACCUUCCACCCGAGACAGUAUUUGAAAUGUGGCAUGCAGAGCCUGAAGAUGUUAGACGCAAAUACAGACGUCUAGCCCUCAGGCAGCGAAUAGAGUUAGGACUUCGGUAUAAUAAUACAUGUCGUCCACCACUAAAAUCGCAACUGAUGAUGAAUUCUUCCGGAUUUUCGGAAAAUAUGCAGAAUCCUCUUUAUGAAAACAACAACACAACCGCAUCAAAUAUGCUAUCCAACGUAAUGAAAGAAAAUAUGCAACAACAAAAUAUGACCAGAUUUUAUUCUUAUGUGGAACGUAGUGUGCCAAUCAGACAAGAUUCUUCUGGCUCCUCCGAAUCCGAUGAAGACUCGGAUGACGCGCCCUUUGCAAGACUACGAAAUAACCAUCAUGUACCGUCAUCUUAUGGCAAUAACAACGAAAACAAUCCCAACGAUUUACAUUGA